UCAACACGAAGCAGGAUGACGUCACCAUUCCUUGGUCCAAUCAGUGGAGCGGCUCCUGCAGUAAACAGAAACCCCGCCCCCAACAGAAACCGCCAUCAUGAAAUUAAAAUCAAGAAACUGACAGAUGAGAUGCAGUCACUCCGCCGCUUCAUAACUAGGAUUAAUCGGACAGACCGAGGCAGUGAAGAUACGAGUGGCGUGGCAGAGGAAGCGAUGGACCAGUCGAGUCUGAACAAAAGCACCUCCAAAAUAUCUGCUGCAGGAGAAAUCAUCGAAAGCAAGCGAGCGAAGAAGACUGUCGAGAGGCUCGACUUCCAGGCUCCCAAGCAGAAGGAGAAGCUCAAGACUGGAGACGGUAGCGGAGAUAAAUUAGGAGACAUUCCCCGCACCGGUUAUCAGAUCACCAAGAUGAAGCCGGUGGACCUGAAACCUCUGCACACCAUCCUGUUCGACAGACCGGGAAAGAUGGCGAUAUUAAAAAAGAACUUGCGUCUGUUUAACGGCUUUCCUUUUGACGCGGAGAGCGAACAGUACACCAACAAACGAGAAAGACUUCUCAAGAAUUCCAAGUUCACCAAAACCAAACUGAAGGUCGUCUGUGGGGUUUUGGAUCUGGAGAAGAAAGGAGACCAGUCGGAUCUCGUCGACAGGAUCCUGACUUUCCUCAUUGCACCGAACAGCGGGAAGCGUCUGCCCGUGAAGAAGAAGAAGAGGAAAUCGAAGAAGAAACUGUUGGGCGACGACUCGAUGGUCAACACCAAGAAGAAGAGCAAAACAAAACCCAUGAGCUCGUCGUCCAGUCCCAAGAAGUCCAAAACGGGAAGCAAGUCCAAAGCCAUCAUCAUGGUCUCCAGCAGCGACGAGGACGACGAUGAGGAAGAUGAGAAGGUGGGGGCUUCAGCUGAGGCGGAGGGAUCAGAUACAGAAGACAAACCAUCAGACAAAGAGGAAGACCAGUCUGACAAGUCAGAGGAGUCUGCAGACGAAGAGGAAGAGGAGUCUCCCAAAUCACAGUUGGGCAGAGGGAAGUCUGCUUCCAAAAAAUCAGCACCAGUGAAAAGACUGAGGAUUCCUGCGAGGAAGACGGGUCCUCCUAAAAAGAGAGCAAAGAAGGAGGUUUCAGCUGAGUCCGAACCUGCUGCUGACACUGAAGCUGAGGAGAAGCCUAAAAAGAAGAAAUCAGCUCCAGUCAAACCUGCUGCCAAAACCAAGAAGGUGGACAGUAGCAGCAACAGCAAAAACAACACAAACACAGUAGAGGACAGUUCAGACGACGACGAGCCGCUCAUCAAGAUGAUCAAGAAAGUGCCGACUGACGAGCAGCUGAAGGAGACGGUGCAGAGUCUGCUGAAGGAGGCCGACCUGGAUGAAAUGACCAUCAAACAGAUCUGCCAGAGGGUGUUUGACACCUUCCCAGACCACGAGCUGGCCAGCAAGAAGGACUACAUCAAACAGACCGUGAAAUCUAUGAGACCCAAAGAAAAGGAGACAUUUUGAAGAGCUGGCCUCAGGAAAGUGAUGUAAUGAUUAGUGUCUUCAUAGAUACAGAAGAUGAUGUUUAGGAUUGUGUAGCAGCUCCCACAGAUGUGACGCUGACAGAAGGUGCCGAGUGUUCCUGCUCGUCUCCAGCAGGUCGAUGAAGGGCAAGAAACUGAUCAAGUUAACAAACACAAAGCAGGAGAGCAACAGAAACUACGCAGCUGAGUUGGGAGAUCUACUGAAGAUUAAAGAUCAGCAGAGACUUUAGAUUUCUUACAGAUGAUGAUUUAAUCUGCUGAUGCUUCAGAAGGAUCUGGAGAUUCAGCUGCUUUUCACUGCUUGGCAGUAAUUGUGGUAAUAAUGAUGAAUGACGGGGGAAAGUCACCGUGUGAUAUAUUUAAUACAGGACAUGUUGCCUCUGAUAGAUGAACACAGAAUGGACAAAGUGAACUCGUUCACUGCAAAUAACAAACACUUUCAUGAAGAUAGUGAGACAUGUCCCAAGAUGAUGUCUUUCAGUGUCUUUAGUCACAAAGAUAUUCACUUUAAUAUGAUGCAGAGAAAAGCAGCAAAUCUCCACAUUGAGAGGGUGGAAAACGCAUUUCAAGACAUUUUAGCACGAAGAAGCACUUUAACCAUCACUCUUGUAGAUAUCUGCAGAUUUCUUCUUCUGUCAGGGAUUAGUGGAGUUAUCGUUGCAACACUGCAGCGUGUUUCCUUUUCAGCAGUUUGACUGUUUGUGAUUGUGAGGC